UGCAAUUUCUUAAAAAGUUGCCAGCGUUUCUAGUUUAUGGGAGUGAUUAGAGUUGCCACCAACAAAGUUAGGGAAUAUAGGAGGCUCAGCAUGGAGACAGGAGGGGUGCAUGAUAAAUCUGAGGGAGAAAGACUGAAUCUGGCUGUCUCUGAUCACUAGAGAGUAAGUGGGGUGAAAAGAACUGGAGCGGAAUUUAGAGAAGAUCCCAGGUUGGCCAGUUUCAUAAAGUCACAGUCUUUAUUUCUUCUUGUACAAAAUUAGGAUAAUACAUAUCUACCUUAGAAAUUGUCCAGACUAAAUGUGAUAUGUACAGUACCAAAUGCAAUGUCCCAAAACGGUGUAGACACUAAAUAUUAUGUCUAAGGCAGAGUUCAAUAUGUUGUCCAGAUCCAGAGAAACCUGAUUCAGGUGUUAAGUCUUAGGUUUUUAAUGACUUUCUCUUUUCUGUAAUGAAGUGGCAGUCUGCUUGAAGUCAGUUCUCCUGAUUGUGCCGGGGGAAAGUGAGCAGUAGAUUGCACUUCUUAGCCGAGAGGAGCUAAAGCCUAACACGUGAACCCAGUGGCCUGCGGAGGUUUUUAGAACUUCAGCUAUAAAAAUGGGCAGGAUUUUCCUUGAUCAUAUCGGUGGUACCCGUCUGUUUUCCUGUGCAAACUGUGAUACGAUCCUGACCAACCGCUCAGAACUCAUCUCCACUCGAUUCACUGGCGCCACUGGCAGAGCAUUUCUUUUUAACAAGGUAGUUAACCUGCAGUACAGUGAAGUUCAAGACCGGGUCAUGCUCACUGGCCGCCACAUGGUUCGAGAUGUGAGCUGCAAAAACUGCAAUAGCAAACUGGGAUGGAUCUAUGAGUUUGCCACUGAAGACAGCCAGCGUUAUAAGGAAGGCCGUGUGAUCCUAGAACGCGCUCUAGUUCGAGAAAGUGAGGGCUUUGAGGAGCAUGUACCAUCUGAUAACUCUUGAAGAAAAAAGAGAUAAAUCCAUCUUUUCCCAGGUCUUCUUCACUGAAAACAAAAAUCUACUUACAUACACUGUCACCUUAGCAUCAGAGUCGGAUACAUGAACUGUGGAACAAGAGGUUGUGAGAAUCUAUGAUGGAACCUUUCUUUUUCUUUCUUUCUUUUUUUUUUAUUUUCUAUUUUCCAUCCAACAGCAGUGUGUAGAGAGAAUAUUAUGCAGAUGCCGUUAAUUUUUUUUCCCUAUGUUUACAUCUUGAGGCAGAGUAGUCUAUCUGCAGCUACAUGGUGGGCUAUGUGAGGAAAAAAAUCUGGGCUAUUAGAGUGAAAAAGUGUUUUAUGUAAAUUUUGAAAGGAAAAUGUGUCAAGAGCAUGGUUUUUAAAUUUAUUUGGGCUUCAUUUUAAACCUUUUUUUUUUUAAACCCAGUUAUUUCACUUGAUUUGCUAGCUUCAGAGAAGAGAUCCGAAUUUGUGACCAGCGCUAAAGGUUCAGUGUUAGUAUGGCUUGUGCUGGCCAUUGUGCCAUAUCCUUGUUGGAGAUGAACCGUAGCAUCAGAGCCCAUUCUUCCUUGUCAGUCUUGACCCAAAGAUGUCACCAUUCCUAGUUAUUUGUCACCACAUAAUUGGUGUUGAUUGGAAACUUUUCCUGAUAUGGGGCGGAACUGCUUGGUUGUCUUUUCCAUGUAACUUAAGCAUAGUAAUAUAAAUAAAGUAAUAGUUGGAUGUUUUUGGUCCUGUGUUGCUUUUAAAAUCACCUUUUAAAAGAGCAGAGUAUUUGAUAAGUAAUUUUCAUAGUAGUAUUUCUUUUCAUCUCUUAAGCUGAAUUGACUGUGUAUAAAAUUCUGCUUUGUUUAAAGUAUAUUGUUUAAAUCCACAGUAUUGCAUUUAGAAAACAGUUGAACAGAAUGUCAGGGUGCAUUCAUGCAGAAAGCAUUUCAUCUGCAUCUGUUUUAAAAGGAGGGAAGUGAAGCAGCCUAUCUAAAAAUACUGCUUUGCAAAGUGUUUCAGCCUGUCCUCCUCAGUUUUGCGUUGAUUUUUGACAAGUCUGUAGAGCCUGAUAGUUACACCAAAGGGCUAGAUCUCCUAGCAUUAUCUCCUGAGAUCUUCCCUCAGAAGUUUAGCUGUUGAAAUUGAAACUGUACUUGGUCCCUUCAAGUUGAAAGGGAUCAGAUUUGACUCAGGGGGUUAUUUUAGCCCAAAAUUUACAACAUUAUGAAGUAUUAAAAUGUAAAUGUUUCUUUUUCCAAACUAUUUCUAGAUAUUCUAGUAUUUGUUUCUGGUGGAAUAAAUGGCAUUAAAAUUG